CCACGAGCAUGUGAAGGAAAUAAAAACCGAUAUUCUGAGCUGGGUAACGAAGACAAAAGACAAGCUAAAUUUCGCCAAAAAUUAUGAACUCCACAUUGAUAUACUAGCUCUACAGUUGGAACAGUUGUGGAGUUUGGCUAAAGCUGUUUUGACCCAAAAACCAGAGAGUAUUCAGGAGCAUAGCUUGCAAUUUCAAAUGCUGAAAGAUGCAACGGAGAGGUUAAAGCCUAAUGCUCAGCUGGUUAUGUCAGUAGGUUACAACACACAAAACGGCCAGAAAGUACAGGUGAUGAAAUGGUGCCGAGUUAUAGAUCUUAUAAAUAAAACAACAGGCCGCUGGACCAACUCAAACGCCACAUCGAAUGACUUUUCUGAAGUUGUGAAAGAAUAUCUUGGCAAAUACAAUGAGCUGCAGAAACAAGAUAUUGGUGGUAUUUUCAUAGGAGAUUUCACUUUGAAGCAGCUUCGUUCAAAUGUGCUGAAUGAAAAGUUUAACAAAUAUUACCCAAUCGACAGUGAACAAGCGUCAAUUGCGGGAAAUUUUGAGCUGGCUAAAUGGACAGGAGCUCUAGAUGACGAAUAUGGCAGAGGUGGAAAGCCAUAUUACUGUCCAAACGGUUGGCAUCGAAUCUCAUUGAAUGUAGCACGUGACAGAGCAGAGUUUGACAGAAAAUACGCAGACUGGCCCAUCGCCUAUCACGGAACUGAAGGAAAACUUGCACUCGAUAUUCUUGUGAGUGGUUUGCGGUCAGGAGAAGGUGUGUUAUUCCAUGAAAAUAAGUGGAAAUGGCAGAAAGGUCUAGUUUACCUUUCUCCCUCAAUCAUCUACACUGCUCACCCACGCUACGCUCGGCUAUUUAAGCUACCAGAUGGCCGAAUAGGGCAAUUAGUUCUGCAAGUCAGAGUUAAUCCAAAGGUGAUAUCAACCGUGCAAGCUGAAACUCUUUUAAAAGAGGAAAAGAAAAACUCAGUUAAAGUUGAUCCAAAUUUCGCUAAUUCGGAACUCGAAUAUGUUCUGAGCCCCCAGGACGAGAAUGGAAAGUUCUUGGGAAUGAGAGAAGGGGUAAUAAUCUACGGACUGAUGGUACGAGUUAGUGACAUGCAACCGAUUGAGCUGGAUGAAUCGAAAUGGUGGAAUGAUUGUGAAGAUGUUGGCGUCAACCUGAAAUGCUGAGUCUCAAUUCAAAACUGAGUUCAUAACUUCGGACUAACUGUAACAAUGUAGUACUAACUAAGUUUUGAAUUUUUGUUACCGAUUUAUUAUUUAGUC